GCACCCAAGCCCUCAAUGGUACAUACAAGAGCAGAGGAAGGCAAGGACUAGGAGACAAGAGAGAGGCUGGAGAUAGGCUGCAAAAGGGCUCAGAAUCCCAGCACACCUCCCUGUCCCAACUCUGUCCACCACCUGCUGUGGCCACAGCAAAAGAAGAGAGAGCUAAUAAGACAAAGUAAGGCCGGAUACCUUGUGGAUAGUGGUGUCGUUAGCUGUGACGCCUAAGAUGUCUCAAGAGAUGGGAGAGCUCACCCAAACCAGAUUGCAGAAGAUCUGGAUUCCACACAACAACGGCAACAGCAGGCUGCAACGGAGGAGGGGCUCAUCCAUACCACAGUUUACAAAUUCCCCCACGAUGGUGAUCAUGGUGGGUUUACCAGCUCGAGGAAAGACCUACAUCUCAACAAAGCUCACACGCUACCUCAACUGGAUAGGAACACCAACUAAAGUGUUUAAUUUAGGUCAAUAUCGACGAGAGGCAGUGAGCUACAAGAACUACGAAUUCUUUCUUCCCGACAACAUGGAGGCCCUACUUAUCAGGAAGCAGUGUGCCCUAGCAGCCCUGAAAGAUGUUCAUAGCUAUCUCAGCCAUGAGGAAGGUCGUGUUGCAGUUUUUGAUGCCACCAACACUACCAGAGAACGACGGUCAUUGAUUCUGCAGUUUGCUAAAGAACAUGGUUACAAGGUCUUUUUCAUUGAGUCCAUUUGUAAUGACCCUGAAGUCAUUGCAGAAAACAUCAGGCAAGUGAAACUUGGCAGUCCUGAUUAUAUAGACUGUGAUCGUGAAAAGGUUCUGGAAGAUUUUCUAAAGAGAAUAGAGUGCUAUGAGGUCAACUACCAACCCUUGGAUGAUGAACUGGAUAGCCUCUCCAACAUCAGCUCCUGCUUGGACUGGCCCAGCCACCUGUCCUACAUCAAGAUCUUCGACGUGGGCACACGCUACAUGGUGAAUCGUGUGCAGGACCAUAUCCAGAGCCGCACAGUCUACUAUCUCAUGAACAUUCAUGUCACACCCCGCUCCAUCUACCUAUGCCGGCAUGGUGAGAGUGAACUCAACCUCAGAGGCCGCAUUGGAGGUGACUCUGGCCUCUCAGCUCGAGGCAAGCAGUAUGCCUAUGCCCUGGCCAAUUUCAUUCAGUCCCAGGGUAUCAGCUCACUGAAGGUGUGGACGAGCCACAUGAAGAGGACUAUCCAGACAGCUGAAGCCUUAGGCGUUCCCUAUGAGCAAUGGAAGGCCCUGAAUGAGAUUGAUGCGGGUGUCUGUGAGGAGAUGACCUAUGAAGAAAUCCAAGAACACUACCCCGAAGAAUUUGCACUGCGAGACCAAGAUAAAUACCGCUACCGCUAUCCUAAGGGAGAGUCUUAUGAGGAUCUGGUCCAGCGUCUGGAGCCAGUUAUAAUGGAGCUAGAACGGCAGGAAAAUGUAUUGGUGAUCUGCCACCAGGCUGUCAUGCGGUGCCUCCUGGCCUACUUUCUGGACAAAAGCUCAGAUGAGUUGCCUUAUCUCAAGUGCCCUCUGCACACAGUGCUCAAACUUACACCUGUGGCUUAUGGCUGCAAGGUGGAGUCCAUCUACCUGAAUGUGGAGGCUGUAAACACACAUCGAGAGAAGCCUGAGAAUGUGGACAUCACCCGGGAACCUGAAGAAGCCCUGGACACUGUUCCUGCCCACUACUGAGCCUUUUCUUAGACAUCAAACUGCCUCUGUCCUUUCUUGGGUUCACCUUUAGGAGCUGCUAUUAUCGCUCUUUUCUUACACUGAGAACACUCUGAACUUGGCCUCACUGGAAGAGACCCACUUCCAGUAAAGAAACUUUCAUCAGCUCCAAAAUAGGACUUGAUUUCUAGCUAUAAAUAAGGAACUAUCUAGCUCAAGAUGAAACUUGUUCCUUCUUAAUUCUUAUUCCCUGAUCAAUAAAGACUUCCCUUACU